GGAAGGGGGGGGGAGUGGCAGCAAGGGCAGGAGCAAGGGCAAGUGUUGCCUCUCCUAGAGGUGGCCGUGGAUGUCCUCUCAUCGUCCCCAUGAAAACGGGCAAAAAGCGACGCGUAGUCUGAGGGACAAGAUGGCACGACGAGUCGGGGGGGAAGCCUCCCCGAAAAAGAACACGUCCCUCAACCUGGUGGCGGGCUUCUACCACUACCUCCGCGAUGAGCAGGAGGCUGUGCAGAAGAGGACGUUCACAAAAUGGAUCAAUUCCCACUUGGCAAAGUGUGUUCCGCCUCUGGAGGUGACAGACCUGUUUGAGGACAUCAAGGACGGCGUGAUGCUGCUGGCCCUCCUGGAAGUCCUCUCAGGACAAAAGCUGCCAUGUGAGCAAGGCAAGAAGCUAAAGAGGAUACACUGGGUCGCCAACAUCGGCACAGCGCUCAAAUUUCUUGAGGGAAGAAAGUCGGCCUACAGAGGAUCUCCGAUAAAGUUAGUGAACAUCAACUCCACUGACAUCGUGGAUGGACGGCCCUCCAUCGUGCUGGGCUUGGUGUGGACCAUCAUCCUCUACUUCCAGAUUGAAGAACUAACCAGUAGUCUACCAGCACUCCACGCCCUGUCCAGCAGCGCCUCGUCUCUGGACAGCUCCACCAGCAGCACCGACACCACCAGCCCACCCGUCAAAAGGAAACCCCUCCCUCCAAUGCAAGGCGGCGCCAGAAAGGCAUUACUUAGAUGGGUCCAGCAAACAGCCACCAAACGUCACGGUCUUGAGGUGAAGGACUUUGGCCCCAGCUGGCGCACUGGUUUGGCAUUCUUCGCAGUCAUCCAUGCCCUGCGGCCUCAUCUGGUCGACAUGGAGCGUGUAUGGAGGAGGCCCAAUCGAGAAAAUCUGCAGGAAGCCUUCUUAUUGGCUGAGACGGAGCUCGGCAUUCCGCAGCUUCUUGACCCAGAGGAUGUGGACGUGGACAAACCAGAUGAGAAGUCAGUCAUGACAUAUGUAGCCCAGUUCCUGAAACAUCUCCCCGUUCCGAAGCAGAGCGACUCGGAGGGACAGACAGUGGACGAGCAUGAUCUUGCCCCUCGUGAUAUAGAGGAAAUGUUGGAGAGAGAGCAGCGAAAAAGCCUGAGGGAGCUGAAAAUGUGGCUCGACCAGCUGGAGAGAGAUGCGGUUCAGGCUCAGGAGACUGAGGGCAAUCUUGCUCAACAGUACCAGUUGUUCAAGAGUCUGCGCGUCCAGCUUGAGAUGAUGAGGAAGCAGGUGGAGGGAGCUUUGCAGUCCACCCAGAGGGACGGGAUGCUGACGGUGGACCAGGCUCUGGUCAAACAGGCCUGGGAAAGAGUUUCCAACAGGCUCCUGGAUUGGCAUCUUCAGCUGGACAGGUCUCUGCCCGCUCCGCUCGAUAUGGUCGGAACAUGGCUGCACGAGGCCGAAGGAGCCCUCCGGCAGGAAGUGACGGUCCAGCAGGCACAUGAGGUCGCGGCGAGCACCGUGCACCGAGCUAUUGAACAACACAAGGAUGUCUUGAGGAGCCUGGACAGUCACCACCAGGUCUUUCAGAGGAUUCAUAAAGACAGAAGUGUUGGCGGAGUGCCUGUUCCUCCGGACCAGCUUCAGGAUAUGGCCGAGAGGUUGAACUUUGUCUCUACGUCUUCCAGCGUCCACUUGGCUAAAAUGGAAUACUUGGAAAACAAACAUCACAUGCAGGCCUACCUCACUCUGGCUGAGUCUAAACUCAGAUCCUGGAUCAUCAAAUACGGCCAGCAGGAGUCCGUGGAACUGAUGCUCCGCAACUACAUUACAUUUGUGGAGAAGCAGCGUUUCUUUGAAAACUACGAGGCAUUGUUUCAGUCUCUGAAGCAGUCAGCCGAGGCCUACGUCAGUGCCGACAGCUCAGUGGACGAAGGUGAGACAGGGGUGCGCCGGUUCAUGCGGGAGGUGGUGACCCAGUGGAGGAGUCUGUCCAUGGAAGUCCGCAGCGUGAGGAGCAUGCUGGAGGAGGUGCUGUCCAACUGGGAGCGGUAUGCCUCCACCGUGGCCUCCCUGCAGGUCUGGCUGGAGGACGCUGAGGAAGCUCUGAGCCAGCCAGAAAACACCAAACGGGAGUUCUUCAGGAAUCUCAGCCACUGGAUGGAUCAGCAUGCAGCCAUGAACGAUGCCGGGAACUUCCUGAUUGAAACGUGCGACGACACCGUGUCGCUUGAGCUCAAGCAACAAUUGCUCAUUUUGAACGGACGCUGGAGAGAGCUCUUCCUCAAAGUCAAACAAUACGCACAUUCUGAUGAACUGGAGAAGUGGAGGAAGAAUCACCUGAAGGCUGUGUGGGCCCUGAAAGAGCUGCUUGACACGGCUGAAACGAAGCUUAAUGCUCCUGUUCACGUGUCUUUCCUCAAUGUUCGAGCCUUUCUGCAGGAUGUGGAGAAUACCAAGCAAAAGGUUGUUGCUAUGGAGACGCAGUACAAGCUGGCCGCCCGCAGCGCUCAGCUCCUCGCCAAGGAUGCGCCGCAGGACGAGGCCGCCAGGGUCAUGGCAACAAUGGCAACAGCCAAAAGCCAGCUCAGCAAGGUGAGGGAGCGCUGUCCGUCCCUGGUGAGGGAGUGCCACGUUCUGCUGCCGCUGUUGGAGGAGAUGGAAAAACACAUCAAUACCUUUUAUCAGGCGCUGGAGCAGGCGAGUCGCAUCACUUCAUCGGAGAGAGAUCCAGACUCACACACGCAGCAAAAGCACAAGUGGCAGGAUUUGUUGAACCAGCAGCAAAGCUGUAAACGCUGUCUGUCGGUGAUUGAGCGAAACCACCACACCGUUCAGAGAGCGCUGUCCAGCAGCAAGGUGCUCCGAAACAUGGACCUGUCUCUGCUGCAGAAGAGAGUCGGUGAAAUUCAGAGCUCGGCACAGGCUUUGCUAAAGGAAGUCGGGGACUGGAGGAGGCAGGAGGAGGCCAAUAACUGCCUCCGGAGGAGGUUUGAGGAGUCUCAACAGGAGCUGGAGCGAGUGCUGAAGAAAUCUCAGGGCUGCUUGAGAGAAACUGGAGAAGCGGAGGAAUUACUGAAGAAACACACUGAGUAUUUCGGCCAGCUGGACCAGCGAGUGUUGAGCGUGUUUUUGAAGGCGUGUGAUGAGCUGACGGACAUUUUACCACAGGAAGAGCAACAGGGGCUGCAAGAAACUGUCCGGAGGCUACACAAACACUGGAAGGACAUUCAGGGCGAGGUGCCGUCUCACCUGAUCCGUCUGAAGGUGGAGGUGGAGCAAAGCAAAGUCCUUUUGAUUUUACAAAAUUGCAGAGCGGAGCUGGACAGAGAAAUGCAAGCCCUGUCAGGAACCUGCACCAGCGAGCGUGUGAUCAAAGAGCACAGAACUUUCUUCAGGGAACGCAAACCUCUGACUUUGUGUGAGAAGAGGAUUAGAAGCAUGGUUGAUCUCUGUCAUAAACUGCCUGACAACGACGCAGCUUAUCGAACCCUCGAAUCGACGCGAAGGGCUGUCGAGGAGGCUGCAGAGCAGAUCAAGAUCAUCCACCUGAAACUGGAGCAGCACCCUGACAAAUGGAAGGAGUGGAACGAGAGGUACUGUGAGCUUUCCGAUUGGCUGUCAUCUCAGAAAAGGCAGGUGAGGCUUUUACGAGACAUGGCGAUAAAUUCCAGCCAUCAGGAGCAGGUCGAUGCCGCCGUCCAGGCGCUGCGGGAGGCGGUGGACAGCCAAGAGGAAAACCUGCUGUGGCUGAAGAGCCGCCUCGCUGGGCUGUCGGAGGUCAGCUCCGAGCUGGAAGUUCAGAGGCAGAGAGCCGCUCUGACCAAGCUCUCCACCGACCUGCGGGCGGUCUUCUCCUCACUCUGUCAGCUGGGGGAGGAGGGCUCUGCCAUGCCUCAGUACGAGGAGCUGAGGGAGGAGGUGAACGUGGCUCUGGAGGAGGUUCUGACGGCUCGAAAGGAGGCGGAGGAGCAAACCAGCAGGAUCCUGAAUGCCGAAAGCCUGGAGGAGGCCAAACAACUUCAUCUCAUACACCAGCAACAUUUGAAGCGACUGCACGCUAAUAGGAGAGAGGCAGAGCUGCUGGUGUCCCACUGCCGCCAGCUGCAGAAAGGGGAGGUGCUCAGUCAGUCUCUGCGGGAGCUGGAAGGAGCGUUCAGCGAGGUUGAUCACAAAUCAGAGGCAAAGGAUCACAGCCUGCAGGCGACUCUGAGCGCCUGGCAAGAUUUCGAGGCAGAAAGAGAAACAGUUUGGAGGUUCAUCAGCAAUACAAACAAUGAACUGCACAAAGAACUUAUUUUCAACAGCUUGGGCAGCCUAAGAACUGAGCUGGAGUAUAACAAGGAACUCUUUGCAAAGGUCGAGGAGUGUUCUGUACAAGCAGACCUCCUUCUUGAAAUGGCGUCAGAUAUUCAUCUUGGUCCAAAGAAUCACACUCUUCUCCUGCAGCAGGCCCAGUCGACCCGAGACGCCGUCAUGCAGCUUCAAGAUCACCUCAACAAAAAUAUUGUCCAGCUGGAGAUGAUGUGUGUCUGGUGGGAGCGAUUCAGCAGCGAAUCUGAGGCUUUCAAUCUGUGGAUCAAUGAGAAGGAAAAUGAGCUGGAGGCUAUUGGCACCUCCUCCUCUUCUGAUCCCUUAGACAAACAAAUCAGAACCGUAGAGGGGUUGGUGGAGGGUUUAGAAGAGAAAAGAGUGACCGUGGCCCACAUGGAGUCGGACUGCGAGGCUCUGUCGCGGUUCGUGACCCCGGGAGAGGCCGGUCGUAUCCGUGCACUACUUGUGCAGAUGAGGCGGUACUGGGAAGACCUGAAGGGGAGAGCGGAGCAGCUUGGCAUGCAGCUCAACCAGAGCGCCUCCUACAGACAGAGAUGCACCGACAACAUGGAGCAGGUGAAAAAAGCCAUGAAUGAUCUCAAAGAAAAGGUGGACUGUCCGAUCACGUGUUGUACAUCCUCAUCGCAGACUCACAAAACCCUCCAGGAGCACACGGAGGUUUGCCAGAGCGUGGAGCAGCUGAAACCUGGGCUGAUGGCCCUGUGUUCGGCCACGAGGAGGCUCGGAGAGAGCAGCCAGAUGGAGGACGAGGUGGCCAACCUCCAGAAGCAGCACAGGCAUCUGAUGGGGACCGCCGCAGAAAAGCAGUCGACACUGGAGAGCCUUCUCGCUCUGUGGCAAAGAUAUGAAAAGGAGAUCUCAUCCAUGAAAGGCUGGUUGGCCCGGUGUGAGUCUGUGUGCUGCCCAGACGCUGAGCGGCUCUCUGCAGAUAAAGUGAAGCUUAGGAACGAACUGCAAAACGUGCAGGAUAUGCAGAGGGAGAUGCCGUCCUACGAGGCUCUUCUUCAAGGUCUUGUUAAUCUCAGCCUUUGUCUGUACCCCACCGCACCCGAGGCGCGAAUCCAGGAGCUCAGCGAUGGUCUCACACAGAUACAGGAGCGAUGCACCGCUUUGAGGAGCAGCAUGACACACAGGUGUGAGGUGCUGGAGAAGCAGUUGGAGCACUUGGAGCAGUUUGACGAAGCUCUGCUGACCCUGACUCAGAAGAGUGAGAACUUCCUGUCCGGCCUGAGAAGCACUUCCCUGGUUGAUAUUGCUGAUCUUGAGACUGCAGUUGCUCAGCUGAAGGAACAUGAGGCGCAGCUUCAGCAGAUUGCUGGCCUGAGGGAAACUCUGCAUGACAGGGAGUCGUCACUGCUCUGCUGUUCCACCCCGGAGGCCCAGCAGCAGCUCCAGGGAUGGAGGGAGGACUGCCUGCAGCCCCUCAGUGAAUCCCAGCGUCUCCUGCUCCUCCGUAAAGAGUGCCUGAAUGAGCUAAAGGUCUUCUUUGGCAAGCAUGAGGUUGUCUUUAAGGCUGUGCGCAGCCUUCGGGAGGCCGUGGAGGGCAGGGGCAGCUGGGACCGCUCCAAAGUGGAAGAGCUGCAUCGCGGGAUAAGGGAAGUGGCUAAAGACGUGGCCCGGCUGGAGGCUGAAGCGGUCGGACUGGAUGGGCAGCUGAGCAAGGCCCACCUGCACCUGUGUGGGGCAGAGCGGAGCGGCUCCAGGGAUGCGAGCCCCCCUCAGGGAAGGACGUCCUGCAGAGGUCAGGCCAUGGCCCUCACUGUGGCCCUGGAGGAGGUGCAGCGCGGCGUGGGGUGGAGGCAGAGUGAGGCUGAUGCUUUAGGGGCCUUGUGGACCUCCUUCAGAGAGAGGAGGGAGGAGGUGAUGAAGAGUUUAAAGAAACUGGAGGACGAUGCGAAGCAGGACGGUGCCAGAGAGAGCUCAGUGCAGGCCUUUCAUCACAGGCUGCGUUUCUUUGUCCAGCUGGAGGAUGAGCUGCAGUCCCUGCAGCACUCCCAGCGCUGGUUAGAGGAGAAGGGAACCCAGCUGGCCCAGAGAGACAGCGAGCUGGCGGGGGAAGCUCUGAGGGAGGUCGCGCUGGUGAAGACAGCCUGGGAGAACGUCAGGACUCUCAUCACCGAUUGUCAGGAGCAGAGCGGCGUCGUGGUCAAGCUUCUCCGCCAGUUUCACCACUUAAAGUCCGUCCUCGUCACGGCUGUGGAGAACGCUCAGGCGGUCGCUCACAAUCUUCCUGACCACAACCAUAAUGCACAGGAGGCUAAAAGGACUUUUACACGGCACGAGACCGUUCAAGCCGAACUCAGAAUCAAACAGGACGACAUGGACCAGCUCAUCAGCACGGUGGAGGAUCUACAGAGAGAGCUGGAGAAGAUUCCCAACUCGGACAUGAGCUCCAUCCAGAGAGACAUGGAGUCUCUGAGGGACCAGUGGCUGGAGGUCUCCGAGAAAAUACAGACCAACGCGGAGAGGCUCGGCUACUGCGUGGCUCUCUGGGAUGACCUCAAAGCCACGGAGCAGGACAUCAAUCAGUGGUCCGCCAGCUCCAUUGCUGAUCUCACCGACGCCGUCGCCACUCUUAACGACAAAGACAAGACAGAAGCCCAUCUGGCUGCCUUUCAGGCUGAGGUUGAGAAGCGGGAGCAGGGUCUAGAUGUCCUGCAGGAGAGAGUGGCUGAGCUGAAGGAGCGGGCCAGACUGCAGGAGACUCCGUUACAAAUGCAGGUCCUGGAGUCAGAGCUGAGGAAGAAAAUGGCCCACGCGCAAGAGGUGUUCAAUCAGGCCAAACACUCUCUGACCUACUUCAGCUUCCAGAAGCAGCGGCUGGAGGACCUCAUGUCCCAGAUGGCCGAGCGACUGGAGACAGUUGAAGGUUCCUUAUCGGAUCUUACUGAAGCUACUUCACCAGAAGACAUUGGCACAGUUAAGGACCUGCAGAGUGUCGUGCAGCAGCAGAGAGCCGACAUGGACUCGGCGCGAGACGCCCUGGCCGCCCUGUGCAGGUCUCAUCCCUCUCAGGAGCUGUCACACCUCUCCUCUGAUCUCACCUCCAUUGCGAAGCGAACCGAGGCGAUCGCCCAGCGCUGUGCCAAGACCAGAGGCAGCCUGCAGGAUGGGCUGCAGCUCCACUUCAGCGAGCUGGUCCUAGACUUCAAGUCAAGGCUUACAGAUCUGAAGUUGGAUCUGAAAGACUGUUCUAACCAAUCAGGAGAUGCUGCCGUUCUCAGAGCCAAGUUACAAAGGCUAAAGGCGUUAAUGGAGCGAACAUCAGAAGGUGAGGAACGGCUCACUCAGAUUCGUGAGGAGGCCCAGAGGCUCCAGCUGCACCUGCCUAAAGCCGGGGCUUCACAGGUGCAAGAGAAUCUCUCCUCUUGUCAGAGAGAGUGGAAAGACUAUCUAGAGAGCUGUUAUCAAAGCCAACAAGACUUACAGGAGAGUAUUGGCCUCCUGAAGAACUUCGAUGACUGUGUCGACGAUAUUAGAGACUGGCUGAAGCAGAUGGAUCUCAGCCUCAAGAGUGGGCCUCUUCUUGGGACGGAGAGCCAGCAAGGCGCCCCAGACUCCACAGAAGAGCUGGAGAAGAUGGAAAACCUCCACCGGGACCUGAUAGCAAGAAGGGAAUCCAUUGAGCAUCUCUGUCAGGAGGCACAGGCUCUGUCUGAAGCAGGCCGGGGGUCAGGAGGCGAGGUCAGAGUGACGGGCCAGCUCCAGAUGGAGCACCAAGCCCUGCUGAAGGCAGCCAGGGAGAGGCUGCGAGGCUGCCAGGAGAGCCGGGCCUUUGGAGACACCCUCCAGGGAGUUUGGGCCUGGCUGGAGGAGAUCCAGGAGCGACUGGGUACAGUCGACAGCACGAUGGGGACCAAGGAGCAGUUAGAGCAGAGGCUGGAGACGGUGCAGGACAUCCUGCUCCUGAAGGGAGAGGGGGAGGUCAAGUUGAAUAUGGCGAUGGGGAAGGGUGAGCUGGCUCUGCGCAGCUACGGAGCGGCCGGUCAGGACAUGGUGCGCUCUCAGAUCCAGGAAGUGGAGGACGCCUGGGCCACACUGCUUGUGACUGCUAUGAGCUGCCACAGCCGAUUGGAGUGGACUGUGUCACAGUGGGGUGGAUACCUGGAGAGCGCCGCCCAGCUCCGGUGUUGGAUGGAAGCUGUGGAGCGGGAGGUGUGUGCCCCCCUCACACCGCAGCCAGGACCCAGAGAGAAGGCCUCGCAGCUGGAGAGGCUCAGAGCCCUGCUGGCUGACCUGGAGGACCACCAGAUGGCACUGUCCAGCCUGGAAGAGAAAGCCAGAGAACUGUUUAAGAAGACCGGCGACGCCAGCUUCAACCACGGAGCUCGCACCCAACUGCAAGUGCAGUUCGACGACCUCACGGCUUUGGUGGAGGAGAGGGUACGUCUGGCACAGGCGGUGGUGUUGGAGCAUCAGGAGUACCUGGAGGCUGUGAGGGAGCUCACUGAUUGGCUGAUGACAGCAGGAGAGGAGCUACAACACUGGUCUGAUACGUCAGGAGACUCGGCUGCCAUCAAAAAGAAACUGUCGGAAGUGAGGGAGCGGGUGGAGUGUCGACUCUUGGAGGGCCGAGACCGCCUCAGCAGAGUGCGGCGCAGCGCCGCCUCCACGGCGGAGCACACGGCGGCGGGGGGCUGCGAGGCCAUGGACCGGCAGCUGGGGGCGCUGUCGCAGGCCCUGGAGCAGUGGGAGGGGGCCGCCCUGAGGGCCAGGGACGGCCUGGAGGGGGCCCUGGCCUCCGCCGCGGCUUCGGAGGAGGAAUACGACCGUCUGACCGCCCGGCUGGAGGACGAGCUGAAGGAGUUUGACGGACGGCUGAGAGGGUGGAGUCAGGAGCUGAUUAAAGCCGAGGGGCGGAGCAACGGCGAGGAAGCCGUGGAGGGAUGGCAGCUGGCUAAGGACGUACUGGAGAGCCUGCAGAGCGCCGAGCCCAUGGCAGAGAAGUUGAAGAGCCAGCUGAACGACCUGGUGCGGUACUCCAGAGACUUGGGCUCACAGUCGGAUCGGGUCACGGCCAUCAUCAAACAGCACAACAGCCUCAGCCUCCGCGCGUCCCGGGAGUGUCAAAAUAAGGAGCGCUUGUUGGAGCAGAGGUUUCGAGCGGCACUGAGAGACUUCCAGCAGUGGUUGGUCAAUGCCAAAAUCAGCACCGCCAAGUGCUUCGAUGUGCCGCAGACUGUCACAGAGGCCUCCACCUCUUUGCAGAGGAUACAGGACUUCUUGAAUGACAGGGAGAAUGGCCAGGCCAGGCUGAGUACAGUAGGAGCCAGUGGGGAGCUGCUGAUGGCUGUGGUGUCCAAAGACAGGGUGGAGGGAAUCAAGGCCAAGGUGGCGAAUGCCAGGGAAGACUGGAAGGGCCUGAUGAGUAACCUGCAGUCGCGAGAGGAUGCACUGAAGAACCUGCAGUCCCAGAUGACGGAGUUCGAGGCCAGUGCAGAGCCCCUGCAGGAAUGGCUGAACGGCACAGAGGUCAGAGUUCAGGAGAGCAGUGCUCGACUGCAUGACCUUCCAGCCAAGAAGCAGGAGCUCAGCAAACUUCAGUGUUUACUGGAGGAGAUGGCCAGUCGGGAGGUAGAGCUGAGCAGGCUGAGGGAAAGAGCUCAUCGUCUCUGGGAGGGACAAGCCGCCGGCAAGGGCUUCGUCCACAGAGUGUCUCAGCUGUCAGCGCAGUACCUAGCCCUCAGCAACCUAACCAAGGAUAAGGCCUCCAGGAUUGAACGCAUCGUUGGGGAACAUCGCCUCUUCUCUCAAGGCCUUAAGGAGCUCCAGGACUGGGUGUGUGAGGCUCAGAGGGUCCUCAACACAUGCAUCUCCACAACCACUGACAAAGGCGUGUUGGAGGACCGGAUGUUGCAGCUGGAAGCCUUAUUGGCAGCGCGGCAGGAGAGGGAGAUCCAGCUCAAGAUGCUGCUCACUCGCGGAGAGGCGGUCCAGAGGAACACUUCGGCCGAGGGAGUCCCUGUGAUUCGCAAACAGAUCCAAGACCUCAAAGACUCCUGGGACUCGCUGCUUUCUGCCUCAAUCCAGUGUAAAAGUCAGCUGGAAGGCGCUCUGUCGCAGUGGACCAGCUACCAGGAGGACGUGGGUCAGUUUGUGCUGUGGAUGGACCGGGUCGACGAGACGCUCAGCUGCUCAGACAGACAGUACUCUGAGAUGAGAGACAAAACCGCCAAUCUGGGAAAGACCAAGCUUCUCUAUGAGGAAGUAUUAAGUCACAGCAGUCCUCUGGAGACCAUCGCCACAAAGGGGUCCAGUAUGGCCGAACACGGCACAACCCAGCAGGAGGUGCAGCAGCUGCAGUGUAGAUACAACACUCUCAAAGAAAAGGCCAAGAAUGCUGUUAGUAAGGCGAAGGGUCUGGUGCUGGUCCAUCAGGAGUAUCAAAGAGGCCUUCACGUCUUUGAGGACUGGCUGGAGCAGGAGCACGCCUCUUUGGCCUUGCUGUCUCAUCCAGAGGGAAACGUGGACACACUUGAAAAAACACUGCAGCAGCUACAGAACCUGCAGGAACGCUGCUCGAACGGCCAGUCGCUGCUCUCCUCUGUGCUGACCAGCAGAGAACGAGUCAUCCCCUGGGGCAUCCCUCAGAUAGAGGACCGGGCACUGGACACCGCCCAGAGGGAGUGGGGGGCCUACCAGAGCCGCCUGGAGGAGACUCAGGAGCAGCUGCGCUCCACGCUGACCCGGCUGAGGCAGAUGGGUCACCGGUUCCUGAGUCUGGCUCAGUGGCUGGAGGAGAUGGAGAAGACGGCCAACGUGAGAAGCACCCGGAGGUCAGACAGAGGCAGCAAGCAGACGCAGCUGAAGAAGCUCCAGGGGUGUCUUGAGGCAGUUCUUGCGCGGCAGGGAGAAGUCGACGGCCUCUCAUCUCUGGCCCAGCAGGUUCUUGAGGAGACGUACAUCAGCAGCCGCGUCAGUGUCACCGCCACCCAGCUCACCACCCGCUACCACUCCCUGCUGCUCAACGUACAGGACACCAUCAAGCAGCUCCAGGAGGAGUUGAAGAGCAUUGAAGAGACAGAAAACCUUUGUGUGUCCUUUACCGAGUGGCUCAGCUCGACUCAAAAAGGCUUCAACACACUGACUGACACUUCUGAACCUCUGGACCGGGUGGCCAUGGAGAGGAAAUUGAAGAGACUGGAGACUCUCCAGUCUGAGCUUCAGCAUGGUCAUGGGUUCCUGAAGUCCCUGAGGGAGCGUGCAGAGCAGGCCGCGGGCUUCCUCAAUGAGGCCGAAGCUGAAACUUUAGGAGGAGAGGUAGAGGCACGUCUGUCCCAGCUGGAGGAGCUGGCCGGAGGCCUGAGGCAGGAGCGCAGCUUCUUGGAACGGGCGUCGCUGCUAGCUAAGGAGUUCCAGGACCGGUACAGGGCUCAGGCUCAGUGGCUGGUGGAGACCAGGGCUUCGCUCAGGAACCCCGUGGAGCCCAAAGCUGAACUGUACCAGCGCAGAGCACAGCUGGCCAAGUACAAGACUCUAUUGCAGAUGGUCCAGUCCCAUGAUGGAUCCAUCAGGUCAGUGGUGGAGAAGGGAGACGCUCUGUUGGCGUCUGUCCACUACCCGUCUAUUAGAGACAAAAUGAACAGACUGCAGAAGGACUACGCAGGACUCUGUCACACUGCCAUGGCUCAUGUUGAGAACCUGGAAAUCCAGGUGAGGGAACAGGAAGCUUACCACAACGAGCUGCAGGAGGUGGAGCGCUGGCUGCUGCAGAUGUCGAGCAGGAUGGUGACUCCUGAUCCCAGUGUGAGCGGUAGCUUGGAGGCAGCCACUCAACAGCUGGCCAGACACAAGGCCAUCAUGGAGGAAAUAGCGGGCUUUGAGGAUCGCCUGGCAGGGCUGAAAGAGCGCGGGGACCACCUGGUACAGGGCUGCAGCGAUCGCGUGCAGAACAGGCUGAGACAGCAGGUCCAGGCUCACCAGCAAGGCACCAGAGACAGCUACUCUGCCAUCUGUAGCACAGCGCAGAGAGUAUAUCAGAGUCUUGAUCAUGAGCUGCAGAGACACGUGAGUCUGCAAGACACACUGCAGCAGUGCCAGACAUGGCUGAGCUCAGUUUCAGAGGAACCAGAACCUCCCACGCAUCCUUCACUAAGCUUGGAGGAGUCUCUGCAGCAGGUGAAGCAGGAGCGAGCCCUGCAGGAACAGGCCAGCACAUACCUCCAGCUCGUGUGUUCAACAUGUGACCUGACAGAACCGAGGGUCAGGGAGACUGCAGCAGCGAUUCAACAGGUCAAACUGCAGAUUGAGGAGCGUAUGCUUUUGUGUGAGGAGGUGGCAGACAGCUGGAGAGACGUCGAGGAGCAAAAAGCUGAUUUGCAGACACACCUAAGGGAGACUGAGCAACAACUCCAGAGCCUCGUUAGGAGACCAGCAGAGCUGGACCCCAAAAUUGCACAGAAUCAGCUGGACAAGGCACAGGAGUUCCUCCAGCAGAUUAGAGAGAGACAAUCUGAGGUAACGCGUUUGAACGAAGCCAUCAGCAGGUUGACAGGUGGACAGGCCUGUCCUGCCCUGGAGGAGAUAAGAAGACUGAAGAGAGGCUGGGUGGACCUGGGCCAGCGGGCUGAGGAGCUGGAGGCUCAGCGGGGGGAGGACAUGCAGCAAAGUGGAGAAUACCAGGAGAGCGUGGUUGCAGUGGAGGAACUCUUCCAUCAAGUAUCCAGAGAAUGGGACUACCUCGCUCGGGCUGACACAGAGAGUACAAGUGAGCAUCUGGAAGCUCUGAAAAAGCUUGCAAGUGACCUGGAGGAUCAGAGAGAAACUCUAGAAGAUCUUAGAGACCAGAGACAUGCUAUCCUCCCUCGUCUAAGCCUCCUCGAUAAAGAGCUGGUCAAACAACAGGUGGGCCACCUGGAGCAGCGCUGGGCCCAGCUCGAAACUCUCAUUCAGCAAAAAAUCCAGGACUCUGCUCAGACAUUAGAGGACCUCGCCAGGGUGGAAACACAGCUGAAAGAUGCCAGAGAGUGGGUGGAGGAACAGCGUCCCGCACUAACAUCUGCAUUGAAGACCAGCCCUCCCCCGGAUCUGGCUCAGAGUUUCCUCUUUGACCACCUGAGCGUGUGCGUCGAGUUGGAGGCCCGUCAGCAGCUGCUGGGUCAGGCGGUCAGCGAAGCCCAGGCCGUGGCCUCCAGGCUGGGGCUGAGCGAGAAGAGAUGCUUACAGGAGCUGGUCGAACAAGCCCAGACUGAGGUGGAGGCUCUGGGGGCUCGGGUUACCCAAAGAAGGAAAUACCUCAGUAAGGCCUUCACAGAGCGAACACAGUUCCUUCAAGGUCUGGGGAGAGCACUGUCUUGGGUACAGCAGCAGGAAAGGAAAGCUCUGAUCGACGAUCACGUCGCUCUUCUUCCUGAGGACUUGGCCAAACAGGUGGCUGCGUGUCGGGGCGUUCAGAGCGGAUUACGGGCUUACCAAAGGGAGCUGGCAUCUCUCUGGGUCCAGGGGCGAGAGCUCGAGCGAGACGCCAGCGACAAAGAGCGGGCGGAAACUUUGGCGAGACUCGAGGAAUUGCAGGCUGCUUUCGAAACGGCUCUCCAGAAGACGACCCAGCAUCUCGCAAGUUUGGAGAAAGCCUUGACCUGCAGGAAGUACUUUCAGGUGGACCUGGACAAGACUUGCCUCUGGUUGAGACGAGCAGAUGCAAUAACCUUCCCAGAAAUCAAGCUCAGCAGUGCUGAUGACUGCUCCGAACUGCAGACGCAACUGUCUAACUUUCAAAAUGUCCUAGAACAAGCUUCAGAGUAUGAAAACCUCCUCCUUAUUGUCCAAAGAAUAGGCCAAGAGAUCCUCCCCACCCUGAAUGAGAUUGACCAUUGCUACUUAGAUGAGCGCCUCAAUGCCCUGCCUCAGCAGUACAACGCCAUCUUAGCUCUUGCCAAAGAGAAGAAGGACAGAGUCCAGCGGAUAAUGCUAGAGAGGAAAGAGUUCGGUACUUUCUUUGAUAUCACUCGUAAUGCACUGGAGGAACUUCAGGAGCAGUUUGACAAUCUGGAAAAGCAGACUAUCAGUAUGAGAGAGGAUGAAGUUCUUAGUUUGAUUAAAGAGUAUAGAAAUAUAAAUGAAAGUUUGGGUCAAAUUAGCCCUGCUGUGAGAGAGCUCAACGGCAAGAAUGAGGGUUUUCUCAGCCAGGGUCAACAAUACAGAGCUGAAGAGACGCAGCAGCUGGUCAGUCUCCACAAUGCACUACAGAGGAGAAAUGAUCAGAAGAUCACUGACUUGAAUAAGUGCUUGAAAGUACUAGAUGAACACAGCAUAGUUUUUUCCACAUUAGACUCUGAGUUGAAGUCUGUCCAAGUGAAGUUUGACAGGCUAAAAUCAGACAGAGAAGUAAGUGCCAUAGAUUUAAUCUCUUGCCUUUAUUCGUUGUUGGAAAGUCUGGAGGGACUGACCUCUCAGACUGAAGAAUGUAAUCAAGGAACUAAAAAUCUUGGUGUGAAGUUUGACGCUGCUGCCUUUCAUGAAAUGACAUUGUUGCAGGAGACUUUGAAGUCUCUGCAGUGUGACAUUAAAUGUUUUCUUGAAGAAAGUGAAGUGACGAUCACGGAGACGGAAGAUUUCACAGGAGAGACUCAGAAGACGUUGGACUGGUUGAAGGCUGUGAAGGACGAAAUGAAGAAGCCUUUGAAACUUUCAGAAGUCACAACUGAGAUGAUUCAGAAGGAGGCGCGGAGAGUGAAAACUGUUGAACAUGAAGCGAAGAGUAAACUGAGAGUAGCUGAUGUUUUAGGAAAGAAAGAAAAGCAGAAAUAUGAGAGUAGGAUGGUGGCUGUUCCUGCUCAAAUCGAAGAAAGGCUGAAAGAGCUGACAAAGCUGGGAUCUGAUGUUCAGCAAGAAGUAAUGGCCAAACAGUUGGCGUUGGAUCAAGCACUUUCCCUGGUCCAGAGGCACCACUUAUCUCUGCAGUCCAUGCAGAAAUGGCUGGACUCCGCUGCAGCUCUGCUCCAGAGGGCCAGCGACGGGGUGGAGCUGGAGAGCCAGACAGACUGUGCUCAAGACCUGGAAGAAAUUUCAGCUCAGGAAAAGAGUUUUGCUGCUAGCCUGGAGGAGCUGAGGGCUUUGGAUGCUCCGUUGGGAGAAUUCGUGGAGGCCCAAGUGAUGGGUGAGCUGAGAGAAAAAGUUCAGGCGAUGCAAAUGAGAAACACGGAGGUCAAACAGCAGCUGGAUGGCUACACAGAAGUGCAGCAGAGAUGUGCACGUCUUUGGAGUACUUUCCAAAAAGAGAAGGAGUCUCUGGUUGAACAGAUGAAUGAUUCAGAGAGUAAGAUGGCCAUGUUCACCACAGCGAAAGCUGGGAGUCUCCGCCAGGCAGAGGAAAAGUGUCAAAGAUACAAGUCUCUGGUGGCUCACAUCGACCUGCUGGAGUUGCCUCUAAAUGCUCUGAAAGAGAACGUGACGGAGUUGGAGCAACUCGUCUCUGAAGCUAGUAAAGCUGUUACCGGUCAUGCUGUGACGUCACUAUGGCAACGGUGGACCAGGCUUCGCAGCGUGGCCCAGGCGCAGGAGAGGGCGCUGGAGGACACAGCGAGGGAGUGGAGGAGCUUCAUUGAGAAGAUGGAGAAGGUGCGCUCUGUAGCCAAGGACCUCCGCAGUCGUGUCCCAGACAGCACAGUCGAAAAAGCGGCCACCAGGGCGGCGCUGCAGAGUCUCCUGGAGUACCAUGACUCCUUCGGUCUGGAAGUGGAGAGGGAGCAGUCCAUCCUGGCUCUGCUGGGCCAGCAAACCCGCAGCCUCCGAGGGGACGACGAGAAGGAGGACGCGGCAGAAAAGAAGAUGGAGAACGGACACGAGGAGACUUCGUGCCUGCAAGAGAUCAGAAACAUCCAGGAGCAGUAUGACAGUCUCAUGCUGCAGGUGUGGGCCAGCAGAGCUCAGGUACAACAGGAGCUGAGGGAAAGAGAGGAGGUCGAGAAGGAGCUGGGCUUAGUCAAAGGCUGGAUCCAAGAUACUCGUGGUUUAUUGCUGAGUCCAACUGCAGACCUGGAUUCACUUCUGCAAGAACUGGAGACCGCCCACGGAGAGGUCAUCAGCAGACGUCAGAGCGUGGAGCGCAUGACGGAGUUGCAGCAGUCUAAGUACCAGGACCUACAAGCGGGUCUGCCCUCCGAGCUCAGCAUGCAGCUGGCUGAGGUGACUCUGGCUCUGGGCUCUGCUGAAGAUCAGGUGCAGGCGAGAGAAAGAGAGGUGCAGCAGACCAGAGAUGUGAAGGAGGACUUCAGCUCCAGACUUCAGGACAUUGAGGCCAAGCUGAAGACCAUCGCUUCAAAGCUGGAGGACAAGAGCGCCGACCUGGAGGAGGCCAAAGAAGAAACCAAAGCUCUGUGUGAGGAGUGUGACUCCUGUGGCUCCUCUCUGGCCGAACUGGGAGUGGCUGUGCAGGAGUUUGGCGAGCAGAACCCUCUGCUGUGUAAACAGCUGGGCGAUGCUGUGGCUAAACUGACAGAAACUCAGCGCCACACCAUGCAGCAGGUCCAGGACAGAGCCAGCAGGCUGAAGAAGGCAGAAAAGCAGGUGGAGGAAUAUCAGAGUGUGAAGGCCUUCAUUUUGGGCUGGGCAGAUAAAGCAGAGGCUCUGGUCACCGGUAACAUCAUCUGGAGUUCUGCAUCUCAGCUGCAGGAGCAAAUCCGAGCUCACCAGGCGUUGCUGCGCGAGUGUCGAGGUCUCCAUGGUGACCUGGAGGCGAUGGGGGAAAGGGAGGGGCAGCUGGCGGACGUGCUGCAGACGGAAGGGUGGAGCCAGCAGGUGAAGCACCUCAGCAGACGAACAGAGGAGCUGCAGCAAACGGCCAAGACUCGCCUCCAGAGUCUGCAGGAUGCCGCAAAGGACAUGCUGCGUCUGGAGGCAGAGGUUAAGAGCCUCCAUGCUGCUGUAGACCAGAUCCAGGUCACGCUUGCUUCUCCCGACCUCAACAAGCUCAGCCUCAGAGAGCAGCUCACUCAGAGACAGCGUCUGCUGGUGGAAAUGGAAGGCUUCAAACAGCAGGUGGCGGCGGUACAGCAGUGUCAGAGCGCCCUCCGGCUGCCAGAGGAGGUAGUGGCCAGCCUGUCGAUCUGCCGCACAGCUCAGUCUUUGCAGCAAGAGGCCAGUCAGCUGCAGCAUACCACCAUCCAGCAGUGCAACAUCCUGCAGGAGGCUGUGGUUCAAUACGAGCAGUACGAACAGGAAGUGAAGAACCUGCAGAGGCUAAUAGAAGAGGCCCAUCGCAUCAUUCAGGACCGGCCUGUGUCCACCAGCAACAUCCAAGAGCUUCAGGCUCAGAUUCACCACCAUGAGGAGCUCGCCCAGAAGAUCCGUGGCUACCAGGAGCAGAUCGCCUCACUCCACUCCAAGUGCAAGAUGCUGACAGUGAAGGCCAAACACGCCACGAUGCUGCUGACGGUCAGUGAGGUGGAGGGCCUCUCCGACGGCAUGGAGGAGCUGAGCGAUGAGGAGAUCCCCAAUUCUGUUGCCAGCACCGCCUCAGCUUCCAGCAAGCAACUUCCUGCACAUCCCUCUGUCGUCAUGAUGACAGCCGGCCGCUGCCACACACUCCUCUCCCCCGUGACAGAGGAGUCAGGGGAGGAGGGCACCAACAGCGAGGUCUCCUCUCCCCCUGCCUGCCGCUCCCCCUCUCCGGGGGCUAAUGCUGACGCUCCUCUUAACCAGGGUCGGGGUGGACUCAGCCGAGCGCCCAUCCAAGAACUGUACGAUCCAUCCCUGGAAAGCAGCGCCACCAAUUUAGAUGAUUUACAGAGAUCCUGGGAAACACUCAAGAAUGUGAUCAGCGAGAAGCAGAAAAGCCUGUAUGAGGCCCUGGAGCGGCAGCAGCAUUAUCAGGAGUCCCUCCAGUCCAUUUCCACCAAGAUGGAGUCCAUCGAGGGGGCGCUCAACGAGGGCCUGGAGCCCAACAAGACCCCCGAGAGCCAGAUGGCUGCACACCAGGCUCUGAUGGACGAGAUCCUAAUGCUGCAGGAUGAGAUCGGUGAGCUGCAGACGUGUUUCUCCGAAGAGCUGGCGGACAGCGACGGCGACGGGGAGGCCGGCGACCAGCUGGCCCUCCAGUCCACCCUCACCGUGCUGGGAGAACGGAUGGCCACCAUCAGAAUGAAAGCCUCUGGGAAACGACAGCUGCUGGAGGAGAAACUCAGCGAGCAGCUGGAGGAGCAGCGUCAGGAGCAGGCGCUGCAGCGCUACCACAGCGAGGCUGAGGAGCUCGACCACUGGCUGCUCAGCACCCGCGCCACUCUCAGCUCUGCCCUUCAGCCCCAACACGAAGACUUAGACAUGGAGGAGCAGCUCAUUGACUGUCAGAACAUGCUGUUUGAGAUCGAGCAGAAGGUGUCGUACCUGUCAGAGCUGUCGGUCCACAGCGAGAGCUUGUUGCUGGAGGGCCGGGCCGAGACCAAAGGAGAGGCGGAGCAGCUCACCCUCAAACUGCACUCCCUCAAAGACAGCCUGCUGGAGCUGCAGCAGAUGCUGCAGGACAAACAGAUCGAUAUUCAGGGUUCAUUGCAGGAACAGGAGGACAGUGAGCCGGACUCAUCUCUGUCUCAGAGUCCAAAUGUCCAGGACUGGCUGUCUCAGGCUCGUUCAACACGCACACAGCAGCAUCACGACAGUCUGCUUCGACAGAGGGAGCUGCAGGAGCAAGUAGCUGAGCAGAGGAGACUCCUGCAGUCUGUAGCCACUGUGGGUGAGGAGUUACUCAGCCAGCAGACGACGCCCAAUGGGGACAGUGAGGUGUCCGUCCCUGUCGGAGUGCUGCUUGAGACUGACACCUUGUCUCCCCUGGAACAGCUAAGACAGAGAUGGGAAAACCUAAAUAAAGAUCAGAGCACUAAACUGCAGCUCUCGCUCAACUCUCUGGAACAAGACCAGCUCAGUCCGAUCCUCCAUCGCUCUCGUCUGUCCAGCCCCACUGUGGUGCUCAGAGGAGAGGUGUCCAGCCAAGGCUCUCGCUCUCCCAGAGCUUUAUUCGAGGCCUGCAGUCAGACUCUUCAAGGAAUCGCCCAGGAGGUAAGGGGUGGCGAGAGUUCGCUGGCGUUAUCCUCAGGAGGGCCUGCAGUCCUGCAGGACCUGUAUGCAGCCGUGUCCGCAGCCUCCUCCUGGCUAGAUGCUGCUGAGAAUAUACUGCUAUCUGGUCCUGUGCUGCUGUCUGAGGACACAGAGGCACAACUGACUAAUAUAGAGGGUUUGAAUAAACAGCUGAAGGAGAUAACCUGGGAGGUGAACCAGUGCCGAGCCCUGCUGGGUGCAGGGACAGGCCGUCUGUGUGGAGGAGAGGACCGUGCUCUGAUGGAGGACACGCUGGAGGGGCUCCAGGAGAGGAUGGGCCUGCUGGACUCGGCCCUGGAGCAGCACUGCGACAGCAUGAAGGACAGGCUGCAGGAGCACUCCACUUUCCAGAAUGAAGUGAGAAUGCUGUUCACAGCCCUGACUGAAAGCAAACACCUGCUGCUCCAGAAGAUGGCUGGGACUGCAGAUAGGCCUGCAUCCAAACAGAUAGAGGCGCUGUCGGAGGUGGAGGAAAGUCUGAGAGAGUUCGAACAAAGAGUCACUGAGCUGAGGAGCAGAGCCGAGGCACUUCAGUCAGAUCCAACCUCCAGCCAGGAACUACUCAAACUACAAGAUGCAUACGAGGAGCUGGUUCUCAUGGUGGGCUCCAGGCGGAGCAGCCUGAAUCACGGCUUGUCUCUGAAGGCUCAGUAUGAAGCUGCUCUUCACGAUCUCAACGACCUGGUGGACACAGCUCAGGACAAGAUGGCUGCUGAUCAAAAGAUGACAGUGGCCUCAGUUAUAGAGGUCCAGAUGUUGCUGGACAAGCACAAAGAGUUUUUCCAGGGCCUGGAAUGCCAUAUGAUCCUCACCCAAACGUUUUAUAGCAAAGUGUGUGGUUUAGUGGCGCCGAGGGAAUGCCAGGCCCUGGAGGAAACCAUGGCUUUGGCCCAGAGUGUGCUCAAACAGGCCCACAGGAGGGGGAUGGAGCUGGAGGGGAUUCUGGAGUCGUGGAGCAGACUGGUGGAGGACUAUCAGGCUCUGUGUCGACAACUGGAGGCUGUCGAGUGCAGCAUCCCCACUGUGGGUCUGGUGGAGGAGACAGAGGAGAGGCUUAUUGAAAGGAUCAGUCUCUACCAGCGUCUGAAGGCCAGUCUGACAGAACACCAGCCCCAGCUGUACCAGGUUCUGGAGGAAGGAAAAAAGCUUCUUCUGUCUGUCGGUUGCUCGGACUUAGAGAACCAGCUGACUCAGCUGGGAGAACACUGGCUGUCCUCCACCACCAAGGUCAACAAGGAGCUGCACCGCCUCGACUCCACACUGAAGCACUGGAGCCGGUACCAGAGCGAGUCGGCAGAGUUGAGCCACUGGCUGCAGUCGGCUCUGGACAGGCUGGAGUUCUGGACGACCCAGUCGGUGACGGUUCCUCAGGAGCUGGAGACCGUCAGGGAUCACCUCUGUGCCUUCCUGGAGUUUUCCAAAGAGGUAGACGCUAAGUCGUCUUUGCGAUCAUCUGUGCUGAGCACUGGCAACCAGCUUCUGAGGCUGAAAAGGGUGGACACGGCUGGUCUGAGGACGGCGCUGGGCCAAAUCGACACCCAGUGGGCCGAGCUGCUGACUCGUAUCCCCGUAGUGCAAGAGAAGCUCCACCAGCUUCAGAUGGAGAAACUGGCCUCGCGACAUGCCAUCACAGAGCUGAUGAGCUGGAUCUCUCUCAUGGAGAACAUCAUAGAAGAAGAUCAGGACAAAAUACUGGGGGCUGUGGGCUCAGAGGUGGUCCAGAACGUCCUGCAGAAGUACAAGGGUUUCCGUAUCGAUCUGACCUGUAAGCAGUUGACUGUGGACUUCGUGAACCAGUCGGUGCUGCAGAUCAGCAGUCAGGAUGUGGAGGGAAAGCGCAGCGACAAGACAGAUUUUGCAGAGAAGCUGGGAGCUAUGAACAGAAGAUGGCAAAUAUUACAGGGACUCAUUGCUGAAAAGAUUCAGAUUUUGGAAGGUCUUGUGGAAGGUUGGCUGGAGCAUGAAAAUGGCGUCCAGGCCCUAAAAGCCUGGCUAACGUUGCAGGAGGAGAAAUUGAAGAAGAGGCACAGAAUAGAGGAUGUAGCAUCAGUACAGAACGCACUUAAAGACUGUCAGGAGUUGGAAGAGUUGGUGAAGGAAAAAGAGAAGGAUCUAGAGAAAGCAGAAGAAAGAGGGAACGCUCUUAUUCAGGAUAAGAAGGGAGCAGCUUGCACGGUUGUUAAAGAAACACUCAAAGGGCUGAACCAGUCCUGGGCACAUCUGGACCACAUGAUAAGUCAGAUGAAGGUGAGCCUGCGCUCGGUGCUGGAGCAGUGGACGUUGUACCGACGAGCCUCAGAGGAGAUAAAUGGUUACCUGAUGGAGGGGAGGUACUCUGUGUCCAGGCUGCGCCUCCUCAAUGGAUCUCUGGAGGCAGUGCAGCAGCAGGUGGAGAGUCUGGAGAAUCUGCAGGAGGAGAUGGACAAACAGGAGAGCAGCCUGAGGAAGUUUGGCUCCAUAACUCACCAGCUGCUAAACGAAUGCCACCCUUCUGUGGCUGAAGCGCUGAACAGAGCGCUCCGAGACGUCAACAUCAGGUGGAGUCAUCUGCUGGAGCAGAUCUCGGAGCAGCUGAGGAGCAGUAAGGCGCUGCUGGGACUGUGGCAGCGGUAUCGAUCGUUACACGGCCGAUGUGUGGCGGCGGUUCAGAAGCAGGAGGGCUGUGCUGAUCGCCUGCUGAGAGACGCCACCGACAGGGAAAUCACAGAAGAGGAGAGCAUCACCUGGAUAAAGGACUGCAACGAGUGCCUCGGUAACCAAGAUGCAGUGCAGGAGUCCCUCCAGCAGCUGCAGGCUUUAGGAGAACAGCUGCGGAGCCAAGUCGACGCCUCCUGCUCAGCGUCUCUUCAGUCGGACCACCUGUCACUCACACAUCGCCUGGCAACGCAUGAACACGCCCUGCAAAGGCAGCAGGAGAUACUGCAGUCUGGAUCUCAGGCCUGUGAGGGUUUCAGAGAGCAGCUGGACACGCUGGUCUGUCAGGCACAGGAGGCGGAGGAGGUGCUGAAGGAGCCGGACCCAGCCGGCUCAGCAGCGCUUGAUGUGAUCCAGACGCGCAUCGAAAAACUCAAGGUUCAUCUGUUGAAGCUGAGCAGCCUGUCUCCGGACCUGGAGCGGGUGAACGAGCUGAUGUACAGACUCCCAGUCAGCGACAGAGACGUGAAACGGCUGCAAAGUCUCAACAGAUCCUGGGCUGCUCACUGUGCACACCUUACUGAGAGGUUCAGUAAGCUACAGUCGGUGUUGCUCCAACAGCAGAGUUUCCUGCAGAAGUGUGAGGCCUGGAUGGAUUUUCUCUCUCAGACUGAGAAGAAAUUAGCUGCUGAGAUCUCAGGCAACUACCAGAGUCUGUUGGAGCAGCAAAGAGACCACGAGUUGUUCCAAGCGGAGAUGUUCAGCAGACAGCAAAUCCUGUACUCCAUCAUCAGUGACGGGCAUCGUAUGUUGGACCAGGGGCAAGUGGAUGACAGUGAUGACUUCAGUGUGAAGCUGGCCUUGCUGAGCAAUCAGUGGCAGGGCGUGGUGCGGCGGGCUCAGCAGCGGAGAGGCAUUAUCGACAGCCUGGUGCACCAGUGGCAGAACUACCGGCAGAUGACCGAGAAGCUGCUGCGGUGGCUCCAAGAAGUGACCCGCGAUCCGGAUGUGCAUCAGCCCGGGGAGGCAGUGGCGCUGCAGCAGGUCAGGAACCUGCUGGAUCAGAUACAGCUGAGGGAUCGAGUCUUUCAGAGGCAGCAGGGAAGCUACAUCCUGACCGUGGAGGCCGGCAGGAGCCUGCUGCUGUCGGCGGACGCCCGUGCCGAGUCCACACUGCAGACGGAGCUGAUGGAUAUUCAGGAGAGGUGGAGACACGCUCACCACCGCCUGGACCAGCAGAGGAAAGAGCUGCACAGCCUGCUGAAGAACUGGGAACGGUGUGAGAAGGGCAUCGACGUGUCGCUGGAGAAGCUCCGGGCCUUCAAGAAGAAGCUGUCGGUGCCGCUGCCGGACCACCAUGAGGAGCUGCACUCGGAGCAAAUAAGAUGCAAGGAGCUGGAGAGCAGCGUGGACGGCUGGACCGAUGACCUGACUUCCUUAUUCCAGCUGAGGGACUCCUUGGAAGGCGUGGUCAGUACAGAUGAUAUCACGGUCCUGCAGGAGCGCCUCCAGCUGCUCCAGCGCCAGUGGGAGGAGGUCUGCCACCAGCUUUCCCUGCGCCGGCAGCAGGUGAGCGAGAAGCUGAACGAGUGGGCCGUUUUCAAUGAGAAGAACAAGGAGCUAUGCGAGUGGCUCACGCAGAUGGAGAGCAAGGUCUCUCAGAAUGGAGACAUCAGCAUCGAAGAGAUGAUUGAAAAGCUCCGGAAGGACUACCAGGAGGAGAUCAGCGUGGCGCAGGAAAACAAGCAGCAGCUGCAGGUCAUGGGCGAGCGGCUGGCGAGGGCCAGUCAGGACAGCAAGGCAGCCGAGAUCCAGCACAAACUCAGCAAAGUCAGCGAGCGCUGGCAGCACCUGCUGGACCUCAUCGCAGCCCGGGUGAAGAAGUUGAGGGAGACCCUGGUGGCGGUGCAGCAGUUGGACAAAAACAUGAGCAGCCUGCGCUCUUGGCUGUCUCACAUCGAGACGGAGCUGUCAAGGCCAAUCGUCUACGACACCUGCGACGACCAGGAGAUUCAGAGGAAGCUGAACCAGCAGCAGGAGUUACAGCGGGACAUCGAGAAGCACAGCACCGGUGUUGCGUCGGUGUUGAACCUGUGCGAAGUCCUGCUGCACGACUGCGAUGCCUGCUCCACAGAGACGGAGUGCGACUCCAUCCAGCAGGCCACCAGGGGGCUGGACCGGCGCUGGAGGAACAUCUGCGCCAUGUCCAUGGAGAGGAGGCUCAAAAUUGAGGAGACGUGGAGGUUGUGGCAGAAAUUUCUGGAUGAUUUCUCAAGGUUUGAAGACUGGUUGAAGACUUCAGAAAAAACAGCAGCUCUGCCGAACUCCUCCGGAGUCCUCUAUACCGUCGCUAAAGAGGAGCUCAAAAAGUUUGAGGCCUUCCAGCGCCAGGUGCAGGAAUGCCUCACACAGCUCGAGCUCAUCAACAAACAGUACCGUCGUUUGGCCCGUGAGAACCGCACGGACUCCUCCUGCCGCCUCAGGGAAAUGGUGCAUGAUGGGAACAGGCGCUGGGACAGCUUGCAGAGGAGGGUGGCUGCCAUCCUGCGCAGACUCAAGCACUUCAUCGGCCAGAGGGAGGAGUUUGAGACGGCGCGGGACAGCAUCCUGGUGUGGCUGACCGAGAUGGACCUCCAGCUCACCAACAUAGAGCACUUCUCUGAAUGCGACGUACAGGCCAAAAUAAAGCAGCUCAAGGCAUUCCAGCAGGAGAUCUAUCUGAACACGGCGAAGAUAGAGCUGGUGUUCAGGCAGGGCGAAGCUCUGAUCGAGAAGAGCGAACCUCUGGAUGCAGCCGUCAUUGAGGAGGAGCUGGAGGAGCUCCAGAGGUACUGCCAGGAGGUCUUCGGACGCGUGGACAGAUAUUACAAGAAGCUCACUCGCCUCCCCCUGGCGGACGACGAACUGGACGGCUCCGACAGAGAGCUGGAGAUGGAGGAAGGCGGGGAUCUGUCGGAGCUGCAGUGGGGCGACUCGUCUCCGCCGCGGGCGUCCAGCCGUCCGGCCUCGGGCACGGCGGCCGUCAUCCGGGCCGACCGCUCGGGCCGCGACACCCCGGCCAGCGUGGACUCCAUCCCGCUGGAGUGGGACCACGACUACGACCUGAGCCGAGGUCUGGAGAGUCCUGGAGGGCGAGGCCACGGGGAGAGGGGUGGACCGCAGGAGGAGGAGGAUGAGUAUCUGAGGACGGCCGCCACGGUGCUGUCAGAUGUAGUUAUCCCAGAGAGCCCAGAGGCCUAUAUAAAACUGACUGAGAACACUUUGAAAUCCUCCUCUGGUGAGCCGGGCCAGCUGGAGGCCAGUCUGAGGCAGCUGGAUCAGGCUCUGGAUGCGGGACGGUACCACCUGCAGCAGAGAGAGGCGGCCGCCAGCCGGUCCAGCCCCGACAUGGACUCCACCUACAUGGGCUAUAUGCGUCUGAUGGGAGAGUGCCGCGGCAGCAUCGACGCAGUGAAGAGAGCGGAGGGAGAGCUGACCGAGGACGAGGACGACCUCCAGGGACUCACCAACCCCACCGGCACCGACACGCAGAGCGCAGGUGUGAUCGAGCGCUGGGAGCUGAUCCAGGCUCAGUCUCUGAGCGAGAAGCACCGGCACAAGCAGGACCUGCAGCAGUGGCAGCAGCUGAUCUCAGACCUGCAGACCAUGAGGGCCUGGCUGGGUCAGUCCGAGGCUGAGCUGAGCCAGCUGCGAGGCCUCCAGCUCAGCACCGACAUCCACACCAUCCAGCAGAGGAUCAAGAGACUCAAGGAGCUGCAGAAGGGGAUGGACGUCCAUAAGUCGGAGGUGCUGUCCAUCAAUCUGAGCAGUGCCGACUUCCUCCAGUCAGAGCCCGACUCCGAGGAGGCGUGGGAGCUGAGGGACGGGCUGAAGGAGAUGAACUUGCGCUGGGACCGGCUCGGCGCCUCGCUGGAGGACUGGAGGGAGGAGCUGCAGAGGGCGCUGAUGCAGUGUCAGGAGUUCCACGAGAUGAGCCACGGUUUGCUGCUCUGGCUGGAAAACAUCGACCGCAGGAGAAAUGAGGUGGUUCCCGUUCCUCACAGAGCAAAUCUGGAAACUUUACGAACUUGUCACAAAAAGCUGAUGCAAAUCAAGUGUGAGCUUUUGGACUCGCAGCACAAAGUGUCGUCCCUUCAGGAGCUGUCGGCUCAGCUGCUGGUCAACACCAAGCCUCCGGCUCUGCAGCAGCAGCAGCAGCAGCAGCAGCAGCAGCAGCAGCAGCAGCAGCAGCCGCCGCCGCCGCCGCCUCCCUCGGAGCAGAUCCAGGCUCAGGGCAGCGAGUGCCUGGAGGCCCAGGAGAAAGUUCAUGUGAUCUGGAACCGGCUGAGGCUGCUGCAGAGGGAGGUCAGCUCAGACCUGGAGCAGCUGGAGAGGAGAAUGGAGGCGGCAGACACACCGCAGGUUUGUCCUCCACUGCCUGUAGCCAAGUCAGAAGCCUGCGCCUCUGCUGUUCCACGUUCAGAAGUCACGGCCCAGAGCCGCAAACGAUUGCCCCGAGGCAAAAGUAGUCAGGCCCACCCAGGACACCCUGAGAGCGGCCCGCGCCACAGCCGGAGCAGAUCACCCGCCGCCGCUGGCUGCGUUUCCUCCCGUUCUGACCUCUGGGACGGCGUCUCCUCCUCCUCCUCCUCCUCCUCCUCCACUUCCUCCUCCAAAGAGCCGUCCUUCCUGCUGCGGGUCCUCAGGGCCGCCCUCCCCGUCCAGCUCCUCCUCCUGCUCCUCAUCGGCCUGGCCUGCCUGGUGCCAAUGACGGAGGAGGACUACAGCUGCCACCACGCCAACAACUUCGCCCGCUCCUUCCAUCCCAUGCUGCGCUACACCAACGGACCUCCGCCCAUAUGAGGGGAGCGGCCCGGUCGCUCCACCGGCCACUUUGCCAAGGACUCUUCUCCACUGACUCCUGUGAAUGUUUCUUCUUCACCCCGUGCCCUAAAGCAGCAAGCUCCUUCCUCCGCCGGGGAGCGACUCGCGUUACCAAGCGAUUCAGAGGCGAUACGAAGACUCACUGACAUUGCACACCCACUCCCCCAAAUCAUCACCUCAUCCCUUUAAAGAGAAAACACCCUCCAGACUUAAAUGGACCUUUUUCUGGAACCCCCCCCACCCCCAGGUGUCCAAAUAUUUCAUGUUGUUUUAACUUAGUAUAUAUUAUUUCUCGGGUUUCUGUAGAAACCUGUGAAAUCCACGAGAAACAAAGCACUAUUUAUAUACUGUAUGUCGGGAGCCAAAGUCAGCCGUGCUUUUUUUUUUUUUUGUCCAUGAUAUCCAGUGCUGCUACUAUUUAUUUAGUGUUCAAUCAGUUAUUAGGUUGUUAGGCGUUGAUGAAGCUGCGGCGCCACCUUGAGUUGUAGCGUCGACUCGAGCAGCACUCGUUCGGUCUGAGGCGUGAAGACUCCUCAUUCCAAAAUGACACAUCUGGAGAUUUUCUCCGACAAAAUGACUGAAGCUACACACCAGCGUUUUUUUUUUUUUUUUUUCCCCCGAAGGACGGGUUUAGGUGUAGCCUCGUCUUUUCUGCUCAACACCUUUCCAAUGAGCCAUCCCGAAUUUGAAAAUGAAGUCUUUCCUGGUGUUAAAAUAAAAGAAAAGAAAAAAAAUUGGAAGUUUUCGCACUGAUGCGAACACUGUCAAAGGUACUGCACUGAAAGCCCUCCAGCCACGACCGCCCACUCCCGAUCCCGAAAGCAAAUUCUUGUUUUUAGUUUUUUUAUUUUAUUUUCAGUAUUUAAUCGACCGGGGCAGGUCUGGAAAAAAAAAAAAAAAAAAAAAAAAGACUAGCUCUCUUUGUUUGAAAAAGAAAAUCAAGUGAUUUGUAUAUUAUUGUUUGAAAUGCCUUUAAGUACAGGCAGUUAUUUUUUUUAUCUCUCUGUUUUGGGCAUGCACUCUGAAGUCCUCUGCUUUUAAGAAAGCCAAACAAUCACUGGUAGUGUUUUUAGUAGACUGCUGCGGCACAGUAGUGCGCUUUGUAACUGCGAUAAUUGUUCUGCAGUGACGAGACAUCCGAAUCUGUAAA